UAAUCCCCCCCAUGCAAUACAGGCGAUAUUGCACAGCCUCCCCGCCCCACGCUCCCGCGGACAGGCACCUGCAGCCCUGCACAAACCAUCUACACUGUGGCAGUUGACCUGAUCUUAUUUGCCUGUGGGGAAAAUGGUUCUUCAGCCAAACUGGGCUUUCUAUCCUCCCAAGAUACAUCCUGGUUGUGCAGCAACUGAGCAGUUCCAUGCUUUCCAACAGGCGAGCAGCAAGCAUGAGCUUGGCAACACGCGACCGUGAGCGCCGGGCCCCCGUGAUCUGAACGGCGUCUUCAGCUGACUUCCCGGUGGUGAGGCACGGCCGGUCCCCUGCCAUGGAGGACUGCCUUCACACCUCCUCCGAAAACCUCUCCAAGCUGGUCAGCUGGGCCCACAGCCAUGGGACCAUCUGCAGCCUCAUCCCCAACCUCAAGCACCUGCUCUCCGAGGGGGCCCACGGCAACCUGACGGCCAUGUGGGGCUGUAGCGCCGGCCAUGCCUACCACUGGCCCCUGGCCGCCACUUGUCGGGCCGGCUCCCAGGAGCGCGUCUGCUUCCAGGACAGCCGCAGCUUCAACUCGGACAGCCCCAGCAUGCUGGGGGUGCCCUCAGAGGCGCAGGCCAGCCCCCUGGAGCGCUACCCAGGCCGGCCAGGGAAGGCCAAGCUGGACUGCACCCGCACGCGCGACUCCUGCGACUUCUCCUACUGCAGCGAGCCGUCGGAGCUGGGCGAGCCCGUGGAGGAGUACGAGGACGAGGCCACCCUCUUCGACAUGGUCUGCGAGUCCUCCGUCACCGACGAGGACAGCGACUUUGAGCCGCACCCCCACCGGGCCCCCGCCGGCCCCCGCAAGCGGCCGGCCGCCAGCCUGCCCACCCCAGCCCAGGCCCAGCCCGCCGACGAGGGCGGCGGCGGCGAGGUCCUCCUCAAGAAGAUCAAGCAGGAGCUCCCCGAGGACUACUACAUCGUGGCCAACGCCGAGCUGACGGCCGGCGCCGACGGGCCGGCCCUGGCCCUGACGCAGAUGUCCAAGCCCAAGCCGCAGGCCCAGGCCGGGCCCUCCUGCCUGGGCCCCGCCAGGGCCCUGCCCCAGCCCGCCACGGGCCCCGAUCCCGACCCGCAGCGUCUCUCCGCCUCCCCCCCUGGCCUGCCCCGGCUGGCCACGCAGAGGCCCCCCCGGGGCCCCCUGGCCUCCCCGGCACGGGGGGCGGGCGGCGGCCCCGCGGCCGCCCUCCAGGUGCCGGCCACCAGCUCCAACGCCACCGUCACCGCUGGCAAACCCAUCAGCAUCCCCCUCUCAGCCCUGCAGCUGCCCGGUCAGGAGGAGCCGCCGGCCACUGAGGAGACCCUCCCGCCUGCCCCGCAGCUGGCCCCGGGCGGCGAGGCGGCCGGCUCGCCCUCGGUGAGCGCCGAGCCUGAGGUCAGCUCCAGCCAGCAGCAGCCCCCCGCCGCCCCCGCCACCACCCCCGAGGCGGCAGCACAGUCGAUGCCAGACCAGGAUGAGAGAGCGGCAGAGCUCAGCAGAGAACAGAACGAGAAGACCAUUCGCAGCACGCAGACGGCUCUCCGCAAUUUCCGAGAGUUCCUCAUCUCCAAGUAUCCCUCUGAGACCCGGGAGAUCUACGUCAUCCCCUGCAAAGAGCUUGAUGCCUACCUUGCUUCCUUCUUUGUGGAUGCCAGACAAAAGGAUGGGUCUGAAUACGAGCCAAACAGUCUGGCCAACUAUCAGUGUGGGCUGGAGCGGUAUCUCAAAGAGCACAGGUAUGGAUACAGUAUUACGAGGGAUAAGGAGUUCAAGAGGUCCCAGGAAGCUCUAAAGCAAAAGCAGAUAGAGCUGAGGUGUAAGGGAAAAGGAAACAAGCCACACAAAUCCAUGAAGCUCACCUUUGCUGAUGAGCUUAUCCUGCGCAAAAGAGGCUUGUUGAGCCGGUACAAUCCUGAAGGGCUGCUGAACCUUGUCUGGCUGAACAACACUAAGGCAUUUGGACACUGCACGGGUUUCCAUGGGUCCACCCUCAAGUGGGGAGACAUCCGGCUGCGGGUGACAGAGACCGGGUUGGAGUACCUGGAGUGGAUGGGGCCAGACAACGGAGACGUCAAUGCCAAGAGCAAGAGAGGUGGGACGGACUCCCGGGUGUAUGCCACCCAGCAUUCCCCACAGACCUGCCCUGUGCAAGACUACAAGGAGUACGCCCAGAGGCGGCCUCCAGCCAUGCGCUACGAGGACGCACCUUUUUACCUGUCCAUCAAACCUGUUGUCAACUUGGCCGCGCUUCACUGGUACAAUUGCCAAGCCCUGGGGAAAAACAAGCUUGCCAAGAUGGUAAAGACAAUGUGCGAGAAAGGCAACAUCCCCGGCCGGAAGACCAACUUCAGUGUCUAUCAGAGCUGUAGCACCCUCUCAGAAGCACAGAGCAACCAGCUGGUGCUGAUCUGCAAUAACUUGAGCCAGCAGGCUGCCCAGUCCAUGGCAAGCCACUCCAAUACUGGCAACUUCAUAGUGUCAGCAUCCUAUGACUCUUCCUCUGACACGGCUUGAAAGAGGGGUAUCACCCGAACACUUUUUUCUUUUCCUUUUCUUUUCAAGCAUUGAAUUUGUGCCCAAUAAUACACAUCAACUGUGAUUGUACACUAUUCCCCCAUAGCCCUCUCUCCAGUGUUAAUUCACUUUAUAAAAAUAUAUAAAUAUAUAAUAUAUUUUUCUUUUUACAAAUAAGUCAAUAGAAAUAGUUUAGUAUUACUAACAUAGUAUUUAUAGUGUUAAUACAAAAAUGAAAGGUACUUAUGGGUUAUAAUAUAAAUGCAGAUUUUAAAAAGACAAAAAUGGUUCUCAGGCAACACAAGAUAGACUGGAAAUACCAUUUUUAACAUGCACACAUCAAUGAGUGUAAAUCCCCAGGGAGGCUUACGUAGCAAUUCUAUUUUAAAGCAUUUUUUUAACUUCUUAUUUUAACAUGACCUCCCAGAGUGGAGGAGACAAACUUAUCCCUGGCUGCUGCUUCUUACCUGCUGGCUUAUUCUUGAUCAGGAAGACCAAGAAAUAAGAGAUACAUCAAUGUAAGUUCAUGAAACCAUUUGCAACAUUUUUCGUCUUUUUUAUUUUGUUUCCUGAGGCUUAUUUAUGCUAAAUGGGAAAAAAAUUGUGAAGUCAGCUAAAGGCUAUUUUUAACUUUUGUUUUUGUUGAUUUUCUGUGAUCAAAAUGUUGCUGGUCUUUAGACUAAAAAGUAUUGUUUUCAACAAUAUGCAAAAGUAUAAUGGCGAAACCACUGUCAUACACAUAAUUUUAACUGUUUAAGCACGGGUUGUUGGUAUUUUGUCACUGUGUAUAUUUAAUGUAAAAUCUACUGACUUAGAGCCACUCUUUCAGUUUUCUGGGGAAUGCAACAGUGCAGAAAAAUCCACAAUCUUAUCCCAAACUGUACAGAAAAAAAUGCAUCAGAUAUGUCUUAAGCCAUCAUUUGAAAUCCACAAAAAAAUAGCACAGACAGUGUAAUGAUAAUUUCAUAUUUACUACAGAAAAUUAAAAAGCUGGAUAGUUUUAAGUGCUGGAAAAUAAAUUUAAGUCAGCUACACAUAAUCUUUUUCCAUUGCAGAUAGUGGGAAAUGUGCAUGUGAAUCUGAAGGCAGAAUUUGGUCCUUAAAACCUUGAAAUAAUGAAUGCUACUGUUCCAACAUUUGACUUUGCAACAUAAUUAUUCUUCUUCUCUAAGUAUGGAGAAAACUCUAACAAAAUCAGUAUUUCAGUGAAUGAUUAUAGUUCAUGACCUUUAAAAUUAUGUAUGGUACUUCUCAAGUAAUUCAGCUUAGUUUAUGUUCCACUAGUACGUCCUAGGGCUGUGAUGAGGCUUUAGAUGAAUCCGCUGGGGUGAUCUAAUGCCCACUGAAGUCAAUGAAAGAGUCGACCUCAGCUGACUUCCAUGGGUGUUGGAUCAAACUGUUACUGAGGGGCUUUUUUGUUUUGAGGUUUUUUAUUGUUGUGGUUUUUUAUACUUGUUUGUCUUUAUUCCUUCACAUUCCUGCAUAUCCUUCAUAUUCUUUAGAUCUGCAACUGUGUAGUGACUUUAAUCAUCACUAAUUCCAAAGAAAGGGUGAAACAAAGGUAGCAGGCAGAAAUAAAAAUAACCCACCUGGCACCAUUUAAAACCCAUUUUCUGUGUUGGUAAUAUAAAAUGUUCCUGUGUGCGAGGAAGGUGGCAGAAUGCCUGUACCUCACUUAAGCCUUAUUGAAGGUCUGUUUUGGGGAUGGGGAAGGUAGCAGAUGUACCCCUGGAAGGUCUCAGAGCAGAGAUUUCCACUGUAACAAACAUCUGUCCUCCCACAAAGCUUCCUGCAGGUGAAACAGCCUGGCUGUGAUCUCUUUGUGGUCCGCAUGUAGCAAAGCUGGUACAAAAUCAGGGUUUCCUGUGUGCCAGCUGUCCCAGGGUCUUGCAUGCCAUGGCAGUGUAACCACCAAAUCUACAGCCUCUGAGUUACUGGCCGCUGCCUCUCAGGGCUGUAGGGUAGGCAGUGGGUUGGUGAGCACAGGCGGUCAUUCAUACUGCAGAGCUAUGCUUUUGUGACUUGGUUUUGGGGCUUGAGACCAAAUCAUGACACUACUGAGGUGAGUGCAAGCUGUGUCCAUUACUUUCAGUGCCAUGGCAAAUCUGACUUGUAAGUGAAGGAGAGGGAAGCACAAAAAGACUUUGGGUGCAGCCAGCAAGACAGCUGCCCAGCUUCCAGCUGAGGCCAUCCAUCUGAUUGCUGUUUGCAUAGCCUUGCUUUUUCAUGGCAGUGCUUUUAAUGUGGGACAGUUAAAAAUAGUUUUGCAAGGCCCGUGCCGCUCUCUGUGGGAUUUCUUUGCUGUUUCUCACUGAGGACUCAACGCAGCUGCCCUUAGUAUGUGCUGGAGUGUGGGGGGUCCCAUGCCAAGGAGUUCCCUAGGGGUGCCAGGGGAGAGCUCAACUACAGAGCCAACCUCUAGGAAGACCUUUGAUCUCUGUUUCACCCCCACUGGCAUUCAUCUCAGUACUUCCAGUGGUUGCUGUUGCAGGAUCUGACCUACUUCCCCACCUUGCCUUUCCUGUGUUGCAACACGAGGCUGGAUAUCAGCUGGCCUUUGUGGGGCAGCAGAUCUCUGCUUCCCACCUCUCCUCCCCUGCCCAACCACCCCUCUGCGCUGGGAAGAGAUGCCUUGAUCUUGUAGGGAAAAGAAGCCACUGCAAGGUGUGGCUGUCUCAUGUCUCACCUCAAGCCCCACAUGGCAGGAAACCAGACUUUAUAACCAAAUUGCUUCUGACACUAUUAUCAGGCUCAGAGCUUGGGAAUGGUUCACAUCUUCUGUGGGUAUGCCUUAGGCAUGUUGCCUCAAAGUGGGCUAUUUUGUGUGGGCUGCUUAGUGUGGUAAUUCCACAAUUCUUGUCUCCAAGGAGGCAGAUCACUGGCUGCAGAUGUGCCAUGCUGCAAGCAGGUCUCUGAAGCAGUGCUUCACAUCAGUGCUGCAGUUCAGCCCCAGCACAGAUGUCGGCUCCACUGGCAGGAGCCAAAAAUGCUCAGAGUGACCCAGAAGAAAGAAGGCAGGCACUCUUGGGUUUUGAGCUGGGAGGUAAUAAAAAGCAUUUCCCGUGACUUCUUGGCUCCACAUACUGUCCCAGUUAUUGUUUACCACAGUGUGAGGAUGGUUUGUGCUAAUGUCCAGCCCAUGCACUGGGUGAGGCAAUGUCUCUGAUACCUUUGGCUUAGGAGGGCACAUCAGCAACUUUUGCAUGUCUGGCUGGGGGAUAAGCUGUGCAGUAUGUGUGCUUACUGUGAUAGCCUCAAUAUUAUAGGGGUGGUUUUGUUCUGCUUUGCAACAUCUCUAGUAACUCUGGCUUCCAGUUGGUGCUGAUGGCAGAUUGCCUGGCAAAUUCUGACGGGGCAGCCCCAAAUAGACUACUUGUUGAAGCAGUUAAACACAUAUGGCCAGAAUAUGAUACCCAAGUAAUAUCAUACUCCAAAAAUAAAUUUAAUAGCUUUGAAGGGCAUUUAGCACAACAUAUUACCCAGUCUUCAUUUGUGGACAGUUGCAAGGAAUUGAGUGCCCACAGCUUUAUGAAUUACCAUUUGUAUUAAGGCCCUGGGAGGGUUGUUGACCAACUGGGAGGAAGACUUCUGAUGUAAACCACUUUCAUGGUUUUGUCUCAUGCUGGCGGGAGAGCAGAUGUCCCAGUCACUGUGGCUUAGCUGACAGGUGACAACUCAGUUGCUUGUAAUUGUCUCCCAGUACUCCAACUGAGGGUGUCAGACCUGCGCCACCAGCAAGUUGCAAGCUCACUGUGGUGGUGUACAGUUUCCCUAGUGCAAAGACAUGGCAGUGUGGCCAGGGGCUAGUACUGCCAACUCUUACAAGUCUUCCUCUCUGCCUAAGCAAAGGAUUGGGGUCUCCUGCCAUGGCUCUUGAUACCGAAUACCUUUUACCAUGAAAUCAAAAGGGCAGCUGGCAAAACACGGUACUGCUCCCGUCCAGCACAGCCUAUAAACUGGUGGUUGGGUGGAGUGGCUUACGGUUAGGCACUGCAGUGCUCCUGACUACAUUGUGCUCCGGUGUAGAAGUUGAGGUUUUGCCCCACAGUAAGGCUGUGAUUUCCCUGGGGUGUAGAUAGGGGUAGCUGGCUCCAAAAUGGGGCUCACUUUUCUCUUUUCCUUUUGCCUUCCUUUUUUCCUGCCACUCACCUUUCUUUCAUCUGAUGUCAGACCUCUUCAGAGAGUCCUUUCAACUCACUAGCCCAGCAGAAAAUGCAGCAGAAAAAGGGGGCAGUCAGAUAAUUUUCUGCCAGAUUACUGAGUUGAAUCUGCUCACAAAUUGAGAUGCAGAGCCAGUAGAGGAGACAGAGGAAGUUGUUCCCUUACCAGUAUCACAGAGUCAUUAGCCUGGCUCAGCUACUGCAGCCUUGGAAACUCAUGAAAAGGGUAAUGCAGAUUGAGACCCUUCUGAAUCAUUUGCAGACAUAUUGGUUGCCUUCAGAACCAUCUACCAGCUUGUGGGAGGUUUGCUCUGUGCUACCAAGAGCAAAAUUUGGCCUUGAACUUAAGAAAAAGGCUGAGUACCAAAGCACAGGCCUGCACACAGUGCGAAGGAGUCUGCACCAAUGUUAGCGCAGGCUUUCCCACGUGGCCUUCUCAUGACACCAAACCAAGAGUCAGACAUGGGGAUUAUACAUGGAUGUCACUGGACUGAUCUGGAUGCAGCUGUGCACAAUACAUGCACUUGGAUCUGUUCACGUGAUUGCACAUUUAGCUGGCAGAGCCGUGAGCACUUGGAUGGCUUAAGCUCUGUUCUAUUAGUGACUCAUGCAUGUAUUUAUGAUAUUGUGGGUUUGCACAAUGUACACGUAUUCACACAGGUAGUUGGAACUGAAGUCUUUGAUAUCUGGGUGUUAUAAACUGCCUGUUUAAUUUUCAAAUACAAAUUUAUGCAACAAAAUGUAUUUUUAAGUGCAGGAGAAUGAAAUACUGUUGUAAACUACAUUGUAAACUAAAUUACAAGGGAUAUCCUAAAUAACAUCACAUACCUUGUUCAUUUGCAUAGUGCAAUAAUUCUAUGAUAGCAACAUCCAGACUAUUGACAUAUAGGACAAUCUAACAAUGGAAUCAGUGUCCCUGUUGCACGUUCUCCUUCAUGAAGAACAUCAACACUUUUGAACUGUUUUGUGUUUUUGUUUUUAGAAGUUGCUGUGCACUGGUAUUCAGUCUACAGCAUAGUUGCCCUCUUAGAAAGCUGUGUAGAGAAUGAGAUGCGAGCAACGUGUUGUACUGCUGUGCAUGCUUGUCUCAGAUGUUUGUGACGGGAUCUUGUUCUGCUGCUUGAGCCAGCGAUGUGGGGUGGGAAGAUGGGGAUCAGGAAGAGCAGGUGUUGUGUCACUCUAGAGCCUGGGCUGCCCUAAGGACUGAAACAGCCUUAAAAGAAACUGAGAUUCCUGUUGCACUAGGUUUCCUCCCUGUCCAGCUCAUAUUCCACCAUUCUUGUCACCAUGUCUGAGUACAUCCUGUAAGUGCAUUGACUGACCUGACUAGCAGAUGUGGUGCAUGGGCUGAUCAUUCCUUCUGACAAUAAGCUGCAAGUGACUGUGAUUGACUGACCGGUCUUCCCCAUCCCCGACAUCCCUGCUCCUCUCACCAUCCUUGAUCCUCUAAUAUUCCCCUCUCCCGGCGUCUACACCGUGGGGCAAGGGGAGCGCUUUGUGCAGGGCAGCUCUUGGCUGAGAGCUCCCUCCCUGCCUAUCAAGUGACCUUGUGCUUUGGGGAUAACAUGCUCAGGGCAGACCACCUUGCGUCGGGUACGCGGGGUUUGUGGGAUACUGCACGCGAGCACUCUGGAGGCUCGCGUCUCUCAUGCUGGAAGCGCUCUCCCUCUCUCUUCUCUGCUGCUUUUUGUGAGAGAGCUUUCAAGUCAUGAAAUGAGAUUAAAUUCACUGCUGUGUAGAGGACCAGGCCUACAUCUGUGUGCUGGUUGGUCUUCCAUUGACAUCCCUAAAAUAGGACUGAGAUGACUGGCCCUCAACACCUCAUGGUCUGGGUGACAGGGCAUCGGGACCCCCCUGACUCCCUGAACUCCCAGAGGCAGUGAGAAUGUGUGGGAAGGAGGAGAGCUUACAGGACACAGAAAUGUCAUUUGAUUUGCCUGAAAUGAGCCAAUUCAUGCCUCUGGGUUAGGGUAGAGAAGGACUCAGCUGUUCACUAUGAAACGUGGCAGGAAGUGGGUCUGCACUUCUUAACGAGUGUUCUUUGCUAAAUGUCAGUAUGAAGAGAUGGCUGCUUUGCUGACCUUGUUCUUAAGAGAGAGGAUGUAUUUUCUUUUCUUUCUGUGCUUUCAUGUGUGUGCUGAAUCUGCACUCUCAGUGCUGAGGAGGUGUGUGGAGAGAAGGCAGUCCAGCAUAAAGUGUGGCUAUAUUCCUAGCCAAAAAACUUGAACUAUACCUUCUGGUGAUGGUCCUCAUGUGCUGAGCUGUGCCUUGGCGGCCGGGGACAGUACCACAUCAGCUGGUGUCUCCCGGCACAUCUGUUGGCUCUGUGCAUAGGCAGCAUGGGAGUCACUGCACCACUCUCCAAAAACUGGGAGCCCGGGGAUAGCUUGUCAAGGACACCCCUAUCACCCAGGUGUCUGCAAGCCAAGAAGGGGGAAGGCCCUAAGCACAACUAAAUGAUGGUGCUUUCCCCAUGGACAGCAUAUGACGGGCACGUGAGGCUGCACCAUAUCUCCUCAAGGGUUUUGGAAAGCUAAGGGCCACCAGGGACAUCACUGCUCCGCCUCUUUCACAGCAGCAUAAUUUCAGCCAGCGAUGGAGUGGACCUUCUGAGGACAAGUCAGGUUUCUCCGAGCCCCCGGCAAGUUGUGUGGUUGCACUGCUUCCAGCUCCACUUGUGCAAACCAGGUGCCAGCCCGCUCCUCCCCACUGCACUGUCUCUGGCUGAGGCCCUGUGAUGCUCUGCUGAAGUCGUCCUCCAGCACCUCAGUGCUUCCCAAAAGCAGCAGAGAGGCAUUUACAGCGGUGAAAUGCUGGACAGCUAAAAAGCCCCACAGCUUAGAGACACCUGUGAGCUUGUUGGAAAGUUUGACACUAGCCAUUCACUGGAACAUGUUCAAAGCAGUGGUGAUGUCUAAAGCUUUAAUUCCUAAUCUGACGGGGGAAAAAAUCCAUUUGGCACGAAAUUUGCUCGUUACAUGAACUGAUGGGUUUUUACAUAGUCUCAGUCUCAAGCAAGGAAUUUAUUUCCUCUGUUUUCUCACUGAAUUGGUUAAUGUUAGUUGGUAAUGCAGACAAAAUUCUGUUUGUUUUAUUGUACAAAUGCCAUUAAAUGACUUGUCUGUGCAUUGGAAAUGGACUUACUGUUUCAAAGGGAUUAGGAUGCUUUUACCUAAUCUUUUAUUCUUGUGCUUAGCAUUCAUUACACAGCAGUCACUAGUAUCUGAAAAAAUCAGUACCUUUUCAGAUUACAAUUUGAGCUUUUGUAAUUAAUAGAGGUUUCAUUCACAGUGUUUAAGAGACUGGUGAGGUAGGUGCUAUCAUUGAAAUUCAGUGGGAUAGAGUUUCAGUGGGCAUCAGAAGAGGUGUUUAGCUCUUUCACAACGCUUCAGGAAUCUGCCUUUGCGUUUUUUGGUUACUACUGUUUUAUACAGUCCUUAAGUGUCAAGAAAAUAAUGAAACAGCCAAGUGAGGGGAAAAGAAUCAAUAAAAUGGAAAAUAUUUUGGACAAAAAUAGUGUAUUUUUCUUACACUAGAAAACUAAACUUUUAAAAUUAAUUUUACAGCUAUGAUCUUUGCCACUUCAGCUGUUACUUUCGUGAACAAAGAUGACUCUUUAACAUUCCUCAUGCCAAGAAUUUGAUCCGCUUUCUGAAGGCUGUAAUCAUGCCGAGACUGUUCUCCUUACCAUUAUAGCAUGUUCUCAGCUGGCCUAAAUCAUAUGUAGCCUUAAGACCCCUGCCUCACACUGCUCCUGCUAGAAUUCCUUCUUCUCUUCUACUAUCACGCAUUUAAUACACUUACUAUAUGCCAAAUUUCCAGCCUGAAAAGAAGCCAAUGUAGGAGGCACACUGAAGCUUCUGUAUCUUCAGCAGUGGAUGCAAAGUAUAGGUACAGAAGGCAAGGCAAUAGUAACUGGCUUCAAACUGAUUUUGGUAACUUUUGUGUAGGAAGGCAGAUCUCCUAGUGACUCUGAGGCUGAAGGUGCACUGAACAAUGACUGCAGAGUAAAUCACUUUGUGGAGGCCUUUGUUUUCUGCAUGGUGCUUAUAGUUCAGAUCUUGCAAGCUUUGCCUUCUGUGGGAGCUUUCUCUGUGAGCAGCUUGAAAGACUGGGUUCUCUGCAGAAGGCUAGGUGCCUGGAUGUGAAAUGCAGGUGCAGAAAUACCCAGAGCGUUCAGGGGUGUGCAGACAAAAUGUGACAUGAAAGGUCUUAAUGGAGUCUGAAAGCAGUAAGGGGAAGAAAUGUUGAGAACCUGGUUUUGCUCCUGUUAAUGGCAGUGCCAGCAAGCCGGGUGGUGCUGCUGGAGAGGAUUUGGUGCCAGUUCUGCAGACCACUGUGAGAAAUGCAUGCCUGUGCCCCCAGCUUCCACCCAGCUCGGGCUGUUAACUGCACUUAGCUGUAAGCACAUGACUAGCCCCACUGGGACAAAUGGGUUUGAAGUAUGCAGGAAAGGAUGACGCUUGGCCAUAGCUGCGUUGACAGUGUUUGUUUUUGUCUGUGUGACCCGUCUAUCUCAGGGUCAUCUUGAGACCUGUCAGGGUAGACCAUAUAUUCAAGAUUGGAAGAAAAAGAAGUGGCAGAAUAUGUAAGUGUGAUGAAGGUAGUGGAAAGGCAGUGGGAAUACCUGGCAAACACAAUGAAAGAUUUUGUCUUUUUUUCUAAAGAAGGCAAGCAUAAUCCUUAUCCUUUAAUAUCCUACUUUGUUUUACACUGGAAUCAGAAAAUCUUUUCUAUUUGUUUUAAUUAUCUGCUGGUUUUAACUCUGCCUUUGAAAAGCAUUUUUGCUAUGACAACCCUUGGUCUCAUGGUGAGCAGUGCUAGGGAGAAACAGCUAAAGUAAGGCUUUUAUCUUUCCCUGCAUGCAAUGUUUAAUCUUUCUAAUCUUUUAAUGUGCAUCUGUUUUCUCCCAUUUUGUAAAUUGACAAGAUUAGCACUGUUUCUUCCAAAACAGCAAUUGAAAAACAUAUUUUGCUUAAACGUAACCAAAUUUGCACCUAACAAUAUGAAUUCUCCUAAGCAACCAAUUCAUUCUCAGAGUUAAACCUCUCUCUAAGGCUAAAUUCCACUCACUGACUUUAAUGACAACUCAACUUUUUUAAGAACAGUUUGUAAAAAAGUAGAUUUUGUUAAUUCUUUUGUUUUGUUUUAUAAGAGAAAGAUUCACUGUCUUGCCAAAUAAUAAUAAUAAUAAUAAUAAUAAUAAUAAUUUCUAUGCAUUGUGUGAUUCAGUGAUGUUGCUGUUGAAAUUUUGCAUGUUUUCUAAAUGUUCUAGACAUUUGUACGUUUAUGUGGUACUUGUAAAAAUGCUAACCAUUGCUGCUAUAAUCACCGCCAUUGUAGGUAACUGAAAAAUGUACUACGAAGCUGUGCCAGUUAGCAGAUUUUUUUGUGUGUCAUGAUAAAACUCUGCAUCUGCUGUUCAUUUCCUCUUUAAAGCCAGUAUUUAGUGCCUUCUGUAGAAGGAAUCAAUAUGUUGUGGUAGACAGGAGGUGCCAAACUUCUAAUAUCUUGUUCUGCACAGAUGAUCACUUACCAGCUUGAAGCUUAAAAAAAAAAGUAAAAAGAAAAAAAAAAUUCUCUAACGCUCUCUUUAAAGUGUCUUCUCAUUAAUUUUCAUUUGGGAAUAAAACCCUUUAAUAGAGCUGAAAAGAAGCCAUCUUCCCCAGCUAUACCUCCUGCAGCAGCAGUCUGCCAACUGUGAAUGUGAGGGUUAUGAGGGAAUGCGUAGUACCCAAAUGUUCCUGUUGGUAAUGGAUCCAGUGAUUAGCCAAGCCUGUUCAAGUCAUUGUGGAGCAUGCUAAAAUGCCGUUUAAUGAAAGCAAUCCUCUGAUUACCAUAAGAAACUGUUAGCUCUCAUAACAGUUGGGAGCCUGCUCUUGUAAACAAGUGUCAGCCUGGUCAAGUGGUGGAUUCCAGUCCCGGUUCCGCCUCCACUGAAGCCACACAUUGCUGCCAAAUGAGAAUUGGAUGAAAUUCAAGCCCAAGAUUUUUGGUCUCAUUCUUUCCAACUGCUUUCAUGGCAGACAAGCCUUGUUUAUCAAAAAUCUGACAUUGCAUUCAGUUCCUUUUCCACCCUCUGCUUAGAAUCUGGCAAUAUAGCAAAUACGCACACGUAUACACAUUCAUGUUGAUUUUGAUAAGAUUUGGACAGGCUGAAAUAGUGCCAUACUAUAAUCAUAUAACAGAAACAGGCAGGAGGGAAAUGCGAGAUGUUAAUCUGUCUAGUGCAUUUCCCAGCCAGGAGGCACGGUCAGCUGUACCUAGGCUGGUCUUUAAAAUAGUAUUUUGUAUGGAAAAAAAGAAAAGACUAACCGUCCGGUUUCCAUCUCUACUGAGAGAUGAAAGCCUGUUACACAUCUUGAAAAGACUUUUCAAAUCAGAAUACCAAGUUGCCAGAAAAACUGUGUGAUUGGGAAAGUAGGAGUGCAUUGAAUUCUUCCUUACAGGUACUGGUCUAAAGCCAUGUCUGUUCCCCAGCAAGAAAUUUUACAGCCCCUGUGAUGUAAAAUACUUCCAAAAAAGUUUAUGCUAAAAUUUUCAAUGCAGCUCCUCUGUUUUUGUGAUACCUGGGCAAUUUACAAAAAGCAUUAUUAAAGGAAGCAGCCCAGAACACACUGAAAGUCAUCCCAUGUAGUAGGUGGUAAGCCAGUUCCCCACAAAUUGAUGAAUUUGAAGACCCCAGCUGAAGACCUAAACCUUCCACAAGUGAUGAGGAUGCUUAGAAGCCUUUUGCAGCACCUCAGUUCCCAUCUCUUGGAGGAAAUAGGGCUUGGGAGGAAAUGUUAGGCCCCUUCAUUGUCCUUUAAAAAUUGGUGGCCUCUUCAGGCUCCUUCUGCCAGAUCAGGAGCCAGCUGAGACCAGUUGCAAUGUGUUUCUCCAUUGUUUUUCUUGUCUAGUAGCUAUUUAAACAUGAACACUUGCUUCCACUAGUAUGAGUGAAGAGUUUUUACUCCGCAGAACUCCUGCCUAUGCAGCCCUAAUAUUAAAUAUACAAGACAGUGAUAAACGGUCUUACUUCCUGCAUUUCUAUUUAUAGCUAGAUCUGAGUCUUCACGGUCCCACCAAUUGCACUAAUUGUCUUACCAACUGGUCUUCCUAGCUGCUUCUAUGUGUUGGCCCAAGUUGCCAAAAAAAUGCAUCAGAUUCCUGCAGCACAGCAGCUGUUUUUCCCCCAUCUUCUCUUCCAUUGUGAAGCUAGAUACAUCUGCAUUAUCUCCAGCUUAGAUCUGAAUCAGGAAAGCAACCAGUAGCCUUUAUUUAGCACUUUGCAUGCUGGAAAUGCAGUUAUGGUUCUACAGGUGCAGACCUGGCAUUAGGAUUUAGCCUGCUGCCUGUGGCGUGUAAAUCUCAAGUGGAAUUUGUUUGUUUUUCACCAUGGUUCACUGGUUUCAAGACACAAGCUGGCUGAUGCUAAUGGUGUGCUGGUUUAGAUACCACCUUCCAAUUCCUGUGAUGCCUUCAGUGUACAUGUCAGUCCUGUAACUGCUCUUGUAAUUGCAUUUUGUCUGAAGUGCGUUAUAUUGCAGGACAAGCUUGCUUUUUUUUUUUUUUUUUUUUUUAAGAAAAAACCUGUAGCUUAGGCUGCGCUGCUGAAAGGAGCCAGGAGAGAAUUAUCCACCCAAACCCCAGUGGAAUUGGGGGACUUACUUAAGCUUUUUUUAGACCCCUGUGCAAGCACCAGCUGUAAUCAGCUAUUUAAGGCAGAGAUCUUAGCAUGUGCAGUGCUACAUAUUUCCACUCAAAAUGCAGUUUUCUGUACACAGGACACCUUCUUAAACAGAUCUCUUGCCCCUGCAUUUGGGAGAUUAUAUAUACAGUGGUUUAUUAGGGAGAAGUAAUAUUUUGAUGCAUUUUAAUACAUUAAGCUUUGCAAAUCUAGAAUAUCUGAGGGGAGGGGAGAGAUUACCGGAUUAUUUUAUGAAAACGUGAGCAAAAUUGUCAACUACAGUCUGUUUUCAGAGCUACCUGUUCAACUCCAUUGUCCUCAAAUUACCUUCUUUCUGGAGUUGCACAGCAACCUGACAAUGAGCAAAAAGGCUUCGCUGCUGCAAACGAGGAAAGAUUUCAUAACCUACUUUGAGCCCCAGAUCCCCAGCUGGGUUUUCAGGCCUCGUAAUCUUUUUACUCAUCAGCUGGAUAAGUUUUGACCUGUGUGGAUGCCAUAUUGCUAUUUCUGCAGCGUGUGUUUAAGAAGCAAACUUCAUACAGGUUAAGGCCCUUCACAGGUGAAGACCGACAUGGUCAACAAAGUUGUCUGUCACUUUUGCCAGUUGAGAACUGGUUUGUUUUGUUUUUUGGUUUUUUGGUUUUUUUGUGGUUUGUUUUUUUUUUUUUUUCCCCUACUGGAAGACACUCCACUCUUCUUUGAGAUGGAGUAAACAAACAUAUGUUGUACUGCAGUCUGCCACACUUCAGUCAGAUGUCUCCUUGAAAAAUGCUCUUUUAGUGUUUGAGUACAAAAGUGCCCUCAAUAAGAAGAAAGUAAAACCAAGAGGUCUUUUUUUUUUUGAUGGUGUCUGAGUUUCAUCCCUUGCUUACUUGUCCGAUAAUUAGGCUUUUGAAAAGAAUGUUGUGUGCUAAUUGGAGUAUGACAUUUACUUUUACUGAUCUGCAAAUUCCAGAGAUAUUCUGAUCUUUAUUGCACUUCAGCUCCAUUUUAUUCCCUUAUGAUAAUCUUCAAGAAGUCUGGUUCUGCUGCGUUAGAGAUUGAUUUCACUGUCCGUACAAUGUUUGCUACUAUUGUAGUGUGACUUUUUAUUUUCGUUUUUUAAAAUUUGUAUUGGUACAGCCUUAAACUUACAGAAUUAAAGACCAUUUAAAAAAUAAUCAAGAUAGUCAUUGAUGUCUGUGAUAAGUGCAUGCUUUAUUGACAGUAUUUUGUCUGUAAUUAGGUGUAGCAACCAAGUCUCAUGUGUUUAAUAAACUGUUUUCUGCAAA